AACGCCAGGACAGUGAUAAGAGUGACUUUCACCGAUCCGUUUGUUCGCGUUCCGAGUUCCGCAUUACCAGUCAAGAUGCAGAUGUCUAUCGAGAGUUGGUUCAAUCUGCAUUACUAUGGAUUCGGCCAAGAGGGAGCCUUAGCUAGCGAGGAGGAAGAAGAGGACGAUGAAGACGAGGAUGAUUAUCAGCUGCAGGCCGAACCGGUGGAAGAGAUCGAUGAUCGAGAAUUUCCCUUUCACGAUGAUGUGUUUUACAUUAACCUGAAAGGAGCACGAGUGCGGACAGGAUUCGACAACUUACCAACGGAGAUUCUUAUCAAUGUGUUUCGAUUUCUGAACACAUUCGAUCGCAAUUCGGCGGCACUCACAUGCAAACGGUGGUUCGAGGUUAUGCGGUACCGAGAUUUCCUCGAUGAGGUGUGUUUUCACUUCGAGGAGGUUAGCAUCUGCGAUGGUGCGCCACCGAUCGAAACGUUUCUGCGAAGCUUUCGUCACUUUAGCAAUAUCAAGCUGACGAAGGUGCAGUUCAAUGGUUACUGCGAGUUUUGGGACCUGUUCGGGGAGCAUAUCCGUGAGAUCACGUUCGCAAACUGUGCCAACAUUACAAAGUCCCGGCUGACGAUGAUCCUGAAACGGUUACCGUUUCUCGAGUGUCUUGCGCUGGAGGAGUGUGAUGAGCUGUUCAAGAGCUGGACACCGGUGGAUAAAAAGCGUAUCGAGCCGGUUUGCCGGUGUCUGCGCAAGCUGGCACUUCGCAAGAGCAGUGCCUUUACCGUCGAUCAUCUUGACUAUCUGAUCGCGAUGGGACCGAACAUUGCCUCACUGGAAAUCUCAAAGUGUUUGAAGCAGAUCGAUGCACCAACACGUGUCAAGAUACUGACCUGCAUACUGGCGAUAAUGGAGCGACGCAAGAAGAAACUGCGCGCGGUUGACUUUAGCUACACGAUGUACGAUGAUCUGUUCUUGAAACAGUUCGCCGAAAUCGAGGACAUGACGUUGAGCCAGAUAAGUCUUUCGUUUUUCGAGCGAGCACCCAUCAAGGAACCGGGCAUCAUCGAUAUUCUGCGGUGCCACACGAACAUCGUUCAUUUGGAUCUUUCGUCGUUCUUGAAUCUGACCGAUUUCGCUCUGAUCGAGAUCACCAGCUCACUCUAUUUGCUCAAGACGCUCAAGCUGAAUGGGUGCUGGCUGUUGACGGACUUUGGAGUGGAAUCAAUCUACAAGCUGGACCGGCUGCAAGUGCUCGAUCUUUCGGAUUGCGACAAAAUCAGCGAUCGUGGGUUUAUGAAAGCCAUCGUUGAUCGACGGCGUGACUGUAUGUGCCAGCUGUACCUGAGCAUGCUGCCGGGACUAACGGACAGUGUCAUUCUGAAGAUUUGCCUCACACUGUUGAACCUCACCGUGAUCGAUUUCUGCGGGUCCGACUGUAUGAACGACACGUCGGUACAGUUCCUUUUCUGUUAUCUCAAAUGUCUUCGCGUGCUUCGACUCAAUGGAUGCGUAAAGAUAUCGGAUGCAGGAUUGACGGGGGAAAACCUUCCGGUGGCGGCGAUCGAGAUUUGGGAUGCGCAGACCACUUUUUCAGUCUCGGAGCUACACAGCCUGCAAGAGCUGCAGCUAUCCGGAUGUUACAAAGUGACCGACUUUGCGCUUGUGCACUCGUUCAAGUUCCGGGAGCUACGGGAACUCAACCUUGCUCAUUGUGUCCAGAUCACCGAGCUAGGAAUCGAAGCGAUGUCGUUGAACUGUCCCGCACUGGAAUCGAUCGAUUUGAGCGAUUGUUUCCAUGUGAAUGAUCGAGCUGUGGAAGCUUUAUCGAAAAAUCUGCAAAGAUUGCGCAUCCUCAAGCUCGUCCGCUUACCACUGCUGACCGGCGCAAGCAUAGAUUCCCUUGUGUGCAACUGCAAGAUGCUACGAUAUUUGUACAUCCGAGGGUGCAACAAGCUGCCCAAGGAUUCGGGUGAUCGAUUGAAGAAGAUUCCCACCCUGCGCAACGUUCCCAAGUGUUAGUGUGAAGCCCUCGCGCCCCUAAUAGAGUUCGACAAUAAACAUU